ACACUGGUCCUUCAGUUCCCUGGAUCCGGUCGGUGACCUGGCAGCCCCCGUGGGUCCACACCAUGGCCACCUGCUGGCAGGGCCUAUGGGCCUAUCGCUCCUACCUGAUUGUGCUCCUCCUGCCCAUUCUCCUGCUACCUCUGCCCAUCCUCAUCCCGACCAAGGAAGCCUACUGUGGCUACGCCAUCAUCCUCAUGGCACUCCUCUGGUGCACAGAGGCUCUGCCCCUGGCUGUCACCGCCUUCUUCCCCGUCAUCCUGUUCCCCAUGAUGGGCAUCAUGGAUGCCUCCGAGGUCAGUGUUGAGUACCUUAAGGACACCAACAUCCUAUUCGUCGGGGGGAUGCUGGUGGCCAUCGCUGUGGAGCACUGGAAUCUGCACAAACGCAUCGCCCUCCGCGUGCUUCUCAUCAUCGGGGUGCGGCCUGCCCUGCUGAUCCUGGGCUUCAUGCUGGUGACUGCCUUCCUGUCCAUGUGGAUCAGCAACACGGCCACCACAGCCAUGAUGUUGCCCAUCGCCCAAGCCGUUCUGGAGCAGCUGCACAAGAUGCCCAUGGGCAAGGAUGUCGAGGAGGGCAGGAACAACCCCGCCUUUGAACUCCAGGAACCAAGUACCCAGAAGGAAGAGACCAAGCUUGAUGAGAAAGACAACAAGCAGGACCACCCUGUCCCGCCUGCUCCUUCGAAGCCCAGCAUGCAGCAGAACAAGGAGCAACUCCACUUUAACCAAGGCAUGAGCCUGUGUGUGUGCUACUCAGCCAGCAUCGGGGGCAUCGCCACCUUGACCGGCACCACGCCCAACCUGGUCCUGCAAGGCCAGGUCAACUCGAUCUUCCCCCAAAAUGCCAACGUGGUGAACUUUGCCUCCUGGUUCGGCUUUGCCUUCCCCGCCAUGGUCAUCUUGCUGUUUCUUUCCUGGCUAUGGCUGCAGGUUCUCUUCCUGGGGUUCAACUUCCGGAAGAACUUUGGCUUGGGGGACGAGAUGAGGGAGCAAGAGCGAGCGGCCUUCGAUGUCGUCCGGAGAGAGCACAAACUGCUGGGCCCCAUGACCUUUGCAGAAAAGGCUGUCACCAUCCUCUUUAUCUUAUUGGUGGUGCUUUGGUUCACCCGGGAACCAGGCUUUUUCACUGGCUGGGGCAACCUGGCUUUUUCUGACAAGGAUGGAAAAAGCAUGCCCUCCGAUGGGACAGUGGCUAUCUUCAUCGCCGUAAUUAUGUUCAUCGUGCCCUCCAAGAUCCCAGGGCUUACUCAGGAUCCAGGAAAACCAGGGAAGCUGAAGGCCCCUCCUGCCCUCCUCAGCUGGAAUGUAGUGAAGGAGAAGAUGCCUUGGAAUAUCAUGAUCCUUCUGGGCGGUGGCUUUGCCCUGGCCAAGGGCAGUGAGGCAUCAGGUCUGUCAACGUGGUUGGGGGACAAGCUGACCCCAUUAGAGAGUGUGCCAUCUCCCGCCAUUGCCUUCAUCCUCUGCCUCCUGAUUGCCACCUUCACAGAGUGCACCAGCAAUGUGGCUACCACCACGCUCUUCCUGCCCAUCCUGGCCUCCAUGGCUCAGGCCAUCUGCAUUCACCCUCUCUACGUCAUGCUGCCCUGCACACUUUCUGCCUCCCUGGCCUUCAUGCUGCCUGUGGCCACCCCGCCCAAUGCCAUCGCCUUCUCAUUUGGAGGCCUCAGAGUGACUGAUAUGGCCCGUGCGGGAUUCAUGCUCAACAUCAUUGGGGUCUUGGUCAUCACGCUGGCCAUCAACACUUGGAGCAUCCCCAUGUUUGAUCUGCACACCUUCCCCUCCUGGGCUUACUCCAAUGCCACGGCUUCCUGCUGGGUCAGCCAGGCAAACACCACAACACCUCGCCCCUAGACCAUCAUAGAAUCUGGACCAAACCAGGAAGACCUACCCCGUUUCUACUCCUCUGAGCUGGAAGGGGCACCCAGGGUCCAAGCCAAACAUUGAGAGAAAGGCACGUGUAUACCUAACCUCAUGUGAGUGUGAGAGGAAGGUGUCUAUGCGCUCAAUCCUGUGUGUCUGAGGAAGAUGUGUGUACAUGUGUGUACGUGUGUGUGUAAAGAUGGUAUGUCAUGUGAGGAUGUCUGCAAGGGGGGUUUGUGUGUGAGCACAUGAUCCAAGGUGUGCCAGACAUGUACAUGUGUGAGUUCACAGACAGCAUGUUCGGUCUGGCACUCCAGGUCUCUGUCUUACCAGUUUGGUGGGUGACCAGACCCCUUUGCCUUCUAUUUAUUGAAAUUCAGGGUUGGGGCAGUCUGGGCUGCAGAGCCUAACAGUGGUUGCCAUGGCAGCGGCCUCUGGGCCAGGCCCAGCAUACUGAGGUCUCCCCAGCCUCUCAGGUUUGUGGGGAGGGUUGUAAUAUUAGCCACAUUAAAGUCUUUCUGUAGAA